AAUAAAUAACGUCCAUACUCCAUAGUCUUUCUUGACGGAACAAAUUACAUGCAUUGUAUUUACUCAUAAUAUAUCAAUAUGGGAACGAAAAAGCCUAUGUCUAAAAAACCUCGCCAAAUAUUAUUUUCUAAGAAUACCUACAACCCCAAAGUCAAAGUAGCACAUUGGGAGUAUCAAAUGCUUGCAGAAAAGAAAGAUAAUUAUGUUUAUCGUGAUUCUCUCAGCAAUCACGUUAGCACAUACCGACGACUGGGUAACCAGAAGGAUGAAUUCAUUACGGAAACCGGGCACAUGCUCGGUCAAAUAUUAACAAAAAAGGAUUUUAUUUAUUCUUUUAAGCCGAUGAAGAACUGCAAUUCUUAUUCUGACGCCGAGUCACCUGAAAGCACAGAAGAUCAUGUGCUGGAGUUCUGCUCGUCACCGUACACCACCACCCAUCAGAGCGACUACAGAAACCCACACCCAACUGUCAUGAAACCACUGAGCGUGCCCUUGGUGCCGUGGCUGCUGAAUCGAGUGAUAUGCUCGGAUUUGACCCAAAACUACGGCACCGAGCCCCCCGCCGGCGACUACCAAUUCCUGGACACGCACACACCCAUACACCAUAUACGACGCAUGAGACUGUGUAGACACCAGUCCUUCAACCCACACACCUGCACCCGGGACUUCCCCGCGGUGCAGCUGUCCGAGGCAUAAAUGCUUACUGUAUAAUUUUAAAUUACUAUGUACCUAGAGUCUAGACACCCACACACCUAUACGAUGUAUAAAGACUGUAUCGACAAUAGACCGGGGUCCGGGACUCCCCGUCAG